AUUUGUGGAAGUAGUUAUCUUAAAAACUUGAACACCAGGUUUUAUUAUCACUGCGCUUGUCUUAUGAGCUUUAGAAAGGUUCUCAGAUUGCAUAAAAAAUCGAAUAUAGGAAAAUUUUAAAUAUUUCCUGAUUGUACGGUGAAGUUCAACUUUCAAAUUUUAUGAUCUCUUAGUAGUCGAAUGUCGUUUGUGCGGUUCUGAUAAGCACUUUUUUUUUCUAGUAUAUCUAGAAUGUUCGGAUCCCUGAAAAGAAAGCUAUUCUUUGAAGAAACGUUCUCUCCUAAAGAGAAACAUACCGAAUCAAACGAUGGUGAAACUGAAGCUAUUUUUGUAUCUUCUACGAUCCAACGCAGCGAAUCGGCGGAUACACCUGUUAUCGAUCCUGUCUCCGAACAGCAGCUUGUUAGUCACGAAGAUCAUUCCACUUCGCAGCCAAUCGAUGCUUCCGAUGUAGUCGAUAGAAUUCAGCGAGCUGAAAAACCCGCAGAAAUACGCAAUAAUCCUGGAUACGAAAAGUAUUGGGCAAAUCGUUACAAAUUGUUUUCCAAAUACGACGAAGGAAUCAAAUUAGACACAGCAAUGUGGUAUUCGGUAACGCCGGAAAAAAUUGCCAAAGAACACGCCGAACGUGUUGCCCGUUGUGGGUGUAGCGUUGUAGUCGACGCAUUUUGUGGAGCCGGAGGAAACGCGAUUCAAUUCGCACUUACUUGCAAAAAAGUCAUUACUACCGAUAUCGAUCCGGAAAGAAUAAAAUUAGCUAAGCGUAAUAGCGAAAUUUACGGAGUUGCUGACAGAAUAGAAUUCAUGGUAGGAGAUUUCUUCGAAAUAGCGUCGUCUCUGAAAGCGGAUGCGGUUUUCCUGUCUCCUCCUUGGGGUGGUCCCCCUUGUCUGAAGUACGAUGUUUAUUCGUUGAGUCAGAUUUUCGAACCGUACGGCGGUGAUCGCGUUUACAGAGCUGCGAAACAAAUCAGCGAUCGUAUAAUUUAUUUUUUACCCAGAAAUAUCGAUAUAUCGGAGUUAAAAGCAUUGGAACCAGAAGGUCACGUUGAAAUUGAAAGAAUUUAUCUCGACGACGAAUUAUUCGCCAUUAACGCGUAUUUUGGAGACUGGUCGAAGAGCUGAUUCUACGUAUGAGUUUAUAGUGGAAUUUUCCUUUCAACGAUUCGUCGACGAUAGUAGAUCCUGGACAGGUACAUAUGUACAUAUUAUUAUAGUAAGAUGUAAUUAAUUUUUAAUACGAUGUUCUAGAGUACGUAACAUUACUCGCAUGUAUAGAUGAGAUGAUUAUUACUUAUGUUAAGGAAUAAGGAAGUUAGAUAUUUCCUACAUGGAUAAGUGUUGAUGACGUUAUCCUUGAUGAAAAAAUGUUUGGUCUGGGUGAAGAUUACAGAGAUCAAUUUCUAUUUGAAGUUUUCGAUUGAAAAAAAAAAACGUAUGAACGUAGCUUGUUGAAAAUGACGAAUGAGCCACCUGCUCAGGUUUCGAAAUUGACUCGUGGAAGUUAAUUUUACGUUAGUGGUCCGAAAUAGUCCUCGAAAAAUGUUCAGAUCGCUAGUUCGCCCCUGUAAACCCCUCCAUACAGCACGACAUUGGCAAUAUAUAUCGAAAAUUUCUGUCUUUGAGCAAAACUUGAAAUUUUUCGUCGUGGUGCCCAGCUUUAGAGUCACAUUUUCAAAAAUUUAAAGUUGAGCUUUUUUAAAAUGAUCAAUUUUCAAAAGUUCGCGGAAUUUCGGAACUAUAGUUUGAAAAUUUGAAAAAAAAAUGGGGGGAGGGGUGCAAAGAGCCCAAAUUCUGGUCAAAAUGUAGAAAAUGGUUGAAUAUCGUGUGACGUAUCGUUUCGUAUGUUUUCGUGAGCGCUGAGUACGAAUUUAAGAUUAUUUUUUUUUGAUUCGACCUCUCUAAAACUCUAACGAUCUUCGAAAUUUCCUGAAAAUUGAAAAAAUUGCGUGACAUGAAGGAGUAGUGGGGGUUUAUUGAUCCCUAUCAAGUUCAUAGUGCCAAUGCUUAGAUAUACAUUUCAUAUGUUUAUCUUUUUAUUACGAUUUUUGUAAUAUUUUAACAUUUUUUGUUUUUUUUUUUUUACAAAUAAAUAUUUCCUCGAGUUGUA